AAGAGAGAUUCUGUCUAAUUGAAGUUGUAUCAUAGCAUUUUUCUCGAUGUCAAAGUAAAAAAAAAGGCGCGCAAGGCUUUCCAUAUAAGCAAACAGUGCCAUAGUACUCUUUGAGAGUUUUAUUAUGAUUUGGGGUUUAACCAACUCUUCACCUAGAUACAUAUGCUGUGUUUUGCAACCGGUGUGCUGCUUUACUUCCAAUGAAUAUUCUUCUGUUCUAAGGUCUCAAUGUCAUCAACGAAACAACUGUUGUAAAAGAAGUUUCAAAAUUAUUAUAUUAUGUCAAAGGAAAACACCGGGAGAAAUAGUCUUUGUGGGAGCGGGACCUGGUGAAAAGAAAUGGCUGACUUGGGCAGCUGUGAAAGAGUUGAGAAAAGCGCAGGUUGUACUUUAUGAUCACCUCGUUGACAAGGAAAUCCUCAAAUUAUGCAAUAAAGAUUGCGAACAGUUUGAAGUAGGAAAGGCUAUACACUGUUCCGAAGAUACUAGAGUGUUGCAAAAGGAUAUCCAUAAUUUGUUGGAGCAUUACUAUCGCAGAGGAAAAUAUAUUAUCCGAUUGAAAGGAGGAGAUCCUGGUAUUUUUGGGAGACUGGCCGAGGAAAUAGAUCAUAUCAAAAGCUUUGGUGGUAAAUAUCGUUUAGUUCCUGGAAUUUCUAGUGUCUUUGCAGCUCCGCUUUUAGCCGGCAUUCCAUUGACACAUAAGAAUUGGAGUAAAAGUUUGACUAUAACAACCGGGCAUGACUUGUCACAGCUGGACUUUAAGCUAUUGGCAAAAUCAGAAACAUUGGUAUUCGUUAUGGCAACGAGAAAUUUAUCAGAAAUUGCACAGAGAUUAAUAGAAAAUGGCAAAUCUUCCGAUACUCCUGCAGCAGUAAUAUACAAUGCAGGUAUGUUUAAUCAACAAGAAGUUUUUGGGACUUUGAAGGAAUGGGCUUCGAGAGAACUGAAAGUACAGUUUCAGCCUGGGACUGUAGUUGUUGGCAAAAUUGUUG